CCGCCGGAAGCUUUAGCGGAGCUCCCCGGUCCCCGGAGGGGGGUGGGGGGGGGGCAGUGGCGGCAGCUGGGGCUGCAGAAGCAGCCCGGAGGUCCGGAAGUCAACAUCAUGUCGAGUCUGCACAAGAGCCGGAUUGCAGAUUUCCAGGAUGUCCUGAAGGAGCCUUCCAUUGUGCUAGAAAAACUUCGAGAACUCAGCUUUAGUGGCAUCCCCUGUGAGGGCGGACUGCGCUGCCUCUGCUGGAAGAUCCUCUUGAACUAUCUCCCUUUGGAGAGAGCUUCGUGGACUUCCAUCCUGGCCAAGCAGAGGGGUCUCUAUUCUCAGUUUCUGAGAGAAAUGAUUAUCCAGCCUGGCAUUGCCAAGGCCAACAUGGGUGUAUCCAGGGAGGAUGUGACCUUUGAGGACCAUCCCCUCAACCCAAACCCUGACAGCAGGUGGAACACGUAUUUUAAGGACAAUGAGGUGCUACUGCAGAUUGACAAAGAUGUCCGGAGGCUGUGUCCAGAUAUCUCCUUCUUCCAAAGAGCCACUGAGUACCCCUGCCUCCUCAUCCUGGACCCGCAGAAUGAGUUCGAGACCCUUCGUAAGCGGGUGGAACAGACAACACUGAAAUCUCAGACAGUUGCCCGGAACCGCAGCGGGGUCACAAAUAUGAGCUCCCCGCACAAGAACAAUGCACCACCCGCCCUGAACGAGUAUGAGGUUCUGCCCAAUGGCUGUGAAGCUCACUGGGAGGUGGUGGAGCGGAUCCUAUUCAUCUAUGCCAAGCUCAACCCUGGCAUCGCUUAUGUGCAGGGCAUGAAUGAGAUCGUGGGCCCCCUCUACUACACUUUUGCCACUGACCCAAAUAGCGAGUGGAAAGAGCAUGCUGAAGCAGAUACCUUUUUCUGCUUCACCAACCUCAUGGCUGAGAUCCGGGACAACUUCAUCAAGAGCCUAGAUGACUCCCAGUGUGGCAUCACCUACAAGAUGGAAAAGGUGUACUCCACCUUGAAGGAUAAGGAUGUGGAACUCUACCUGAAACUGCAAGAGCAGAAUAUCAAGCCCCAGUUCUUUGCCUUCCGUUGGCUGACACUGCUGCUGUCGCAGGAGUUCUUGCUGCCUGAUGUCAUCCGGAUCUGGGACUCCCUCUUUGCCGAUGACAACCGCUUUGACUUCCUCCUUCUGGUCUGCUGUGCCAUGCUCAUACUGAUCCGGGAGCAGUUGCUGGAGGGGGAUUUCACUGUCAACAUGCGGCUUCUGCAGGAUUACCCCAUCACAGACGUCUGCCAGAUCCUACAGAAAGCCAAGGAGCUCCAAGACUCGAAGUAGCCUGGUGGUGGCAAGUGGCCCAGGUUUGGAGGAGCAGCCACCUGCGCUCUGCACCCUGGUUUGGGGACACGAAGGAGCCAAUGGGAAAGCUGGCCUGAGAGCAAGCUGCAGUCUUGGCCAGUUCCAGGUCUUCCCAGCCUGGUUCCCACGGUCCAGGCUACUCCUCCCAGAGCAUACUGUGCUGCACUCCUUCCCAGUGCUUGGCCCUGCCACUCUCCCUGCACUUCAGCCCUGACACCUCCACCCAGACUGCUGAGCAGGGCUGGAGCUCCUGCACUGGUUCCCUAGGGCUGGGACCAACUGGGGCACAGGAGGCUGGCAAGGGUCCUGCCCUGCCUCUGCCCAGUAGCCCCCUACCCUUUGUGCUUUCUUCUUCCUCUGGGUCCUGGUCAGGGGAGGUAAUUGGCUAAUGGGCCAGAAACCAUUUCUGAGUGUUGGUGCUCAAGCUACUUGGGGCAAUGACUCCAGAAGAGCUGAGUGGCUGCCCAUUGUAGAUCCGCCUUCUGUCGCUCCCGCCUGGUGCACUUGCUUGUCUCUGUGCGUGCAUGUGU